AUGGCAGUUGACUUUGGGCUAUCUGUUGACAUGGAGGGUUUUAAUGUUUCUAUGGAAGAAGCAAGGCAAAAGGCUAGGAAUGCUCGCUACAAGGCUGGCGGCAAAUCUAUUGUCCUGGAUGCUAAUGCUACAUCGCAGCUGCGCAAUCAGGGGCUUGCCAGCACAAAUGAUAGCUCGAAAUUCCAACACGAGGUACAUAGCAGUGUGGUGAAAGCUAUCUAUACUGGCUCAGAGUUCAUAGCCUCUGCAUCUGGUGAUGAAGAUUUUGGUCUUGUUUUGGAAAGCACAAGCUUCUAUGCAGAACAGGGUGGUCAGGUACAACUUCACUUUCAACAGUGUCAUGUUGGUGUAGUUGAAUGA